AGAGACUACGCGUCCCAGCGUGCCGCGCGGGCGCCGCUCUAGGCCGCGGCGGCUCGUUGCCCGGCCGCGCCAUGGAGCCGGAGGGCUGGCUGAUCGGCUGCGAGUUUGAGGACUCCGUGUUCGAGGAGGGGCCCGAGCGGCGGCCUGCGCCCCCGGCGCCCUACGACGCCAAGCGGUGCGAGCCGCAGUGGUUUGAUGAAGAAGCAGAGAGCAGUGACGAUGUGGAAGUUCUCACUGUCAAGAAAUUCCGAGGAGACCUGGCCUACAGACGCCAGGAGUAUCAGAAAGCGCUGCAGGAGUAUUCCAGUAUCUCUGAAAACUUGUCACCUACCAAUUUUGCCAUGAGAAGGGACAUCUGGGAAGGCCAGGCCCGCUGUCUGGCUCACCUGGGAAGGCAUGUGGAGGCGCUGGAGAUCGCUACAAACUUGGAAAAUAAAGCAACCAAUAUAGACCACUUGACCACCGUGCUCUACCUCCAGCUUGGCAUCUGUUCAAGUUGGCCAAACUUGGAGAAAACUAUCUCCUGCCUGCAGAAGCUGAUUGCGUUGCAUCCAUUUAAUCCUUGGACCUGGGGCAAGUUGGCAGAGGCUUACCUGAGUCUGGGGCCAGCUCUUUCGGCUUCAUUUGCAUCACCUCAGAGACAGAACGGUUUCGCCUCUAGUGACAAAACUAUCAAAUCCACCUUUCCACCUUCAGGAAGAGACUGUCUUUUGUGUUUUCCUGAAACCUUGCCUGAGAGCUGUGUACUUUCCAUGGAAGCAAGAAGCAGUAAAAGCCAGAAACACGAGAACACUCUGAAAAGUAUUCCAAGCUGUAUGGCAGGAAAGAGAGGGACCAUGUUGCCGGAGACCCAGAUGAAAGCGUGCGCCUCUUUGAUUCGAGCCAGGCUUUUGCUUCAGCUUACCCAGUCUCAGCAGACGUCGUUUGCUUUGGAGAAGAACUUACGGACUCAGCAGGAAAUUGAAGACAAAAUGAGAGAGUUCCACUUCCAAGAGGACACUCUGCUGUGGAUCGCUGAGGUUAUGGGAGAAGAUAUAGGCCCAGAAAAAAUGAAAGACGAAGUUUAUGCAGAAGUGAAGAGCAGUGGCCCUGUGGCCCUGACUGGCUUGGUCACUGCCUCCUUGGAAGGAUUUGAAGACAAGUGGUUUGGGAAGAUCAGAGACCACUUCUGCUCCUUGGAAGGUCACUUGCAAAGUGAGAUACAGAUUUUGGCCUAGAGGCUAUUUAACUACAAAUGUCUUACUCUGUAUUAACUGUUCUCAUUUACUUCAGGUGGCAUCUUCUGCUGAUCAUGGCAAAUUGUGAAUUAAAAAAGGAUUCUUUAUGUUUUGUAAAAA